CGGGGAAGUUGGCCGCGCAACAAGGGCACGUUACAAGAAGGGAGAUUGGCAAUACGGGGGUGUCCAUGCUAGUUUCGGAAACGAAUUCAUAUGGGAUGUGAAAGAGUUGAUAAAGCAAAAAAAUAAGAAAAAAAAUCGAACAUCCAAAGCAUACACGUGUGUAGUAAUUCCAUACAAGUAGAGAAGAGAGUUCCAGCUGGCAUCGUCAGAUGAUCGACCCCAUCUUCUAUAUCUUGUGAGGGGGAGAUGUACAAGUUGGAGAUUCCUUGCCAACUUCUAAAUUCGAUCUCGUUAUAUGUACUCGACCGCAACCCACCUCGGAACCCCCGUCUGUAAUCUUAAAGCUCAUCCGUAAAGUAGGUGAGCACCCCUGGUCGGCUUAGGUGUGCCUAGUUGUGUCGGUGACGACAGGCUCCCGCAUUAUCAUAGGUUUUUAUCCGCUUGUGGACACCAAACACCAGACUCCGGCGAAGAGUGUGUGAGAAAAAAAGCCAUCCUUCACCCCCCACCCUACCUUGGUACAGCUAUUACCGACUCCCACCUCUUUAUCGCGAGUAAUAUAUGUGGUCGAUGCCUUGCGCUUUUGGACGUUAGAAACUUGGAAUAGUGGGUGACCGCAGGUCAACACCACCAUGGAUUCUCAGUCUAUCACAACAGACUGUAUUACUCUUGGCAAUAUAAUUGUUAAGGCUGAUAGUGCUCUUAAUGGCUUCGUCCGCGAGGUUCGGGAAGCCAGGUCUGACGUAGAUAACGUAUCUCGCGAGUUGCACUCGCUGCAAAGUGUCCUAGAUCUCUUGAAGGAAGAUGCUGGUCUAUUCCCUCCGGAGCUGGCAGAACGCAUUCCCGCUGUUGUCGAGCAUUGUUCUAUUGUGGUAAACGACUUGCAUUCAACAGUAUCUGCGUUUAGCGACAACGAACUACCGAAGCAGGAUAAGAGAUCGCAAUGGCUGGAUACGGGGAGGAAAGAAAUCGCCACAUUCAGAACCUCCCUAGAGGCGCAUAAGGCUGUUUUAGGUCUUGCGAUAGAUCUUGUCGGAGCGACCACGAUCCGAGAUGCGACCUCAGACAUAGAACCUAAUAAACGAAAUACGAUACAAAGACACCAGAAUGGCGCCGAAGUCUUGGAAGACGUUUCCCGAAUUCUAGUUGAGAUGAGUCAGCUGCGGAUGCGGUUGCCGAGCGAGUUCGAGAAGAAACAGGGCGAAUUCAGCCUAUACGAUUAUAUGACGUGUUUGAUGUCAUUUACUGAGAGAAUCGUCAGCUAUAAGGAGGACGAGCAUGAGGCUGAACAGAGUGUCAAAAGCAUCGACCGAAGCAUGAACCGAAGCGUAGGCCAAGGCGCAUACGUAGGAGAGAGCGAACUGUUCGGAGCUUAUGUGGGGGACCAACCCGACAGUGCGAUUGAAAUAACUAUCGAGCCUGCGUUUAGGGCGCUUCACGAAGUGCUAGACAACCCCGAAGACGAGAAAAUCCCGACUAUCGAAGAAUUGAUGGCUAGUUUCGUAGGUGUUCCCAGCCGUGCGCCGACUCCGCCGCCAAAAGAUAUCAAGAGACUUGAGCUUGCCAGAAAACAUGCGGUAUCCCCGUUCGAGGCCAUGCCAGACUCCCCGACAAAUCCGUACGGCGUCGUUACCGAAAUAAGUUCCGAGGGACGACCAUCGGAAUCGGAGCCUUCCGUGACGACGAAGAGUAGUAGGGGAUUCGGAAAGAUAUUCGCACCCUUUAAACAUGCGAUUUCGGAAGGUAGACCUCACACACGAUCAACGAGUUCGAGUACCACAUCCGAUAUGCAACCCCCAAUUAUUCAAGCUAGCCUUGUCAGAAGGGGUAGCCAUAGGUUAUCGGUAUCUUUCAAGAAACUACCGAUGUGGAAUACGGAGUUGAUGAUGGAUGAACCAGAAGGCCCGAGUGCCAAUGCGGUCUUUGGUGUACCACUUCAAAAGAGUAUGCAAACUGCCAAGGGGACUUCUAAAACACACCACUCGGGCAACGGAGGUUCAUCACGAAGGGACUUCCCCUUAUGUAUGCAGAAGUGUUGCUUCUUCUUGAAGCAUGAAGGGGUUGAGGCACCAGAUAUCUUCGCCGAGCCGGGUGAUAGUUAUCGGGUACAAAAGCUAAAGGAGAUCUUCAGCAGCGGUCCAACAUACGGCGAAGAUGUCAACUGGAACAACUUUGGCGUAUACGAUGCUGCGGACCUCAUCCUACUCUUCCUCUCGCAACUCCCUAAGCCGCUAAUCCCAGAAACCGCUGCAAAGCGAUGGAUUGCCUUCUCAAGACAGGCUACACUCUCGGGCUCCCAUGCAACACGACUCGAUCAGUGUAUUGACUUCUGGGAAGAAGCUCUUGGCUGUCUCCGAGGACCUAGUCGCACUCUGUUCAAGCUGCUCCUCAAUCUGUGGGCCGAUGUCGCACAGGCUGAAGAAAAGAACGAUAUGACAGCUGAGCGGCUAGCUGGUGUUCUUAUAAAGCCUCUCAUGCACAUCUCAUCCGGGAAAUACGAGACAGAUUACAUGCUAUCGCUCGCUUUUCUCAUCCGGAAGAGAGCAGAAUACACGGAUAUGCUAAAACAAGACCAAGUCGGAGUUCGGCGGAUUAGCAGAGCAGCGUGGUGAAGCAGUGACUUCAUCUUUCGCCGUAUCCCCAUACCCAACUCAUUAUACUUCUUCAAGGACUUGCAUUCUCGACAUUGAAUAUUUCGCAUACAUAUACGAAGAUACCCGGCGCAUUUUCUCAUAACAAGUCGCCUCAUACGUUUUUCUUUUCUUUUCUUCUGCCGAAGUUGAAGCAGGGCCUUCGUGGGGUCGGUCAAAUUACAUAAUUCCAUGCAUGCAAUGAAGAGGUUGAGGAGAUAUUUACCGCGGUUGUGGAUGAACUAGGUGGUGGAGACAUGCAUUGGCUUGAAGCCAAAGAGGUUGGGAUGAUGCACGACGGGACGUAUGGACGUAUGAUAUUGUCCGCUAUUGAUGUCAGCAAGCAGAACAAAUUUUUCGCUUUGCAUGUCGGCAAGGCGCUUUCAAGGUUCUCAUAAUGUGUAACAAUGUAUUGUGGGUUUGUUGGAUUUUGAAUGUUUGUCGACGAUACCAUAUUACGAACCCAGUCAUACUGUACAGAAUAUAUCGAUUAGUGUCUCAACGCCGUGUCUUUUGUAAAAUGAGACUAACCAGAAAAUAUACCUCUAGG